AUGCGCGGCCUGCUAUCGAUCCUCACUUUGGCCGUGCUGUCCACGUUGGUCUCGUCGGCGUUCAACCCGUCCCGAAAUGAUACCAUGACAUCAAUACCGUGCCAGCAACACAAAGAUUGCGGCGAUUGGCACUUCUGCAACGUGGGCUACCGUUGUGAACCUAAGCAGAUGAUUUGGCCCGGCCAUAAAUGCUACCCUAAUGCGGUGGCCGACCGCUGCCCGGAUGGGUUGAAAGUGCGCUCGGUUUUCAGUCUGCUCGUGGUGGCCCUACUGUUCGCUACUGUUGCCCCGGUGAUGGACCGGUGCGAUAGGGAUCGUGACUGCCGCGCAGAGAUGUUCUGCGGCAAACGUAAACUAUGCGAGCCUAGGAGGCAAAAUCUGCCCGGCGAGACUUGUGAUGGAGUUGGCGUAGGCUGCACCGCAGGCCAUUUCUGUGCCAUUUCCGUCGCCGCGCCAAUGAUGGGUCACCUGUGC